UCUUAUUAUCUUGUUGUUGCCGCUCUCUUCUCUCGUCUUGUUUACCUUGCCGCCGCCACCGAAGAAAAAAAUCACUCCAACCACCUAAGAUGGCUGAAGAAUACGACGACGGCCCAUAUUCUACUCAUGACAGUGGUGAUGACAGUGAUGAUGAUCUGAUGGAUAGUGGUGAUGAUAGUGAUGAUGAUUUAAUGGAUACUGGUAAUGAUAGUCAUGUUGAUGAUCUAAUGGAUAGUCAAGUAAACUUAGCAGCUAUCAUGAAAAAGUUAAAGUCCGGUGAAGAUGUUAAAGAUGCACUCGUUUAUGGACUGGAUUCUAUGAAGAGCGAAGAGGGUCGACGCAUGGCAAAAAUCAGGUCGUUAUUGGGACUUCAGGAUGGAAGUACUUCUGCUCCACCUUUGGAUGAUAUACCUAUGCCAGAAUCACUUUUGAGGGAAGAUGAUGUCUCAUACGAGAAUAUGAAGGCAUCGGUCGAAAAAUGUUUUGCAUUACCAAGUUUUGAAGGAGAUGGUUAUGUGGUACAUCGCUUUCUGUUUCUUUUGGACAGCAAAGACAUACUUCAAGAUGUUAAAAAGCAUCUAAGGUCCAUUAUUCAGUCUAUGAGUUGCACGGGUCUGCUGCGGUUUGCCAAUAUAGUUACAGGAGGCUCAGUCUCAUAUGAGAAAACUCGUUUCAAGAUGAGAAAGAUUAUUCUGGAAUAUUUGAAGGAGAUAUUACAGAACCCUAAGCAUAAAAACCGUAAAAGAUUUAUUGAAGAAUUACCUAAACUUCUUAAGAACCCAUCUAACUUCCACAUAACUAGUCAUGUGCAAGUUGUAGACCCUGCUUACUUUUCUCAUCACAGUGCUGCAAGGAAGAUACUGGAAGGCCUCGAAGAAAUGAGUUUUCAGUUAUUGUCUGCAAUGUCUAGGAGGCUUAAAGGUGAAGUGAAAGAACCUAAGUUUGGUGAUAAAUUGAAGUAUAAACAGAAACCCAAUUUAAUUACACAAGUGAGAAAUGAGCUUUGUAAAGUUAGGGCAGGAGAGGAACUUCCCAUAGGGUUGGCUAAAGCAAUGUCUGUUGCUGUUUUGGGCCUUAGAAUGAAAUUGGACAAUCCGGAAAUAUUUAUCCCUGAGCUUUGUGGUUCCAAUGCUUAUAGACCAAUACAUGGGGAUCUUCUUAAGUGUAUUGGAAUUCUCAAUGGCACCAAACUCAAAAACUUGGUUGACGACACUGUAGAGAAGUUGAGAACUAUAUUGGAUCCAAUAAAUGACUCUAAAGUGAAACCGCAACAAUUCCAAGAUGCCUUAAAAAGAUGGCUGAUUGAGCACCUUUUUGAGUACAGUGAGCUUGCGAAGACCCCAGAUUCAGUAGUGAAAACUGUUAAGAUCAUCAAACAAAUGCAUCAUGAACGAGCUAUAUGCAACAAAAACGAGCAAGCUAAGAAAGAGGUAGAGAUUGUAGGAGAUCUUAGUGCUCAGUAUAAGCAAAUUAUGCUGGAUAAAAUUUGUGACCAUAAUAUAGAUGAUGAUUACAACGAUGCAUACUUUAAGGAUAUCGAAGUGAAUAGUUAUGAUGAGUAUGAUAAUUUGUUAAAGUAUGGAGGUAAUCACAGUGAUGAAAGUGUUGGGGAAUGCGAAGCAGAUGGUUCUGUAUUGCCUGAAUCAACUAGUGGUGAAAAUGCUUUUACACUGGAAGACGUGGGACAAGAUGGAGCUGGCGAGGAGCAGAAACAUGUGAAUAAAUACCUUACAAUACAAGCUGUAUUGCCUGAAUCAACUAGUGGUGAAAAUGCUUUUACACUGGAAAACGUGGGACAAGAUUCAAGCGAUGGAGCUGGCGAGGAGCAGAAACAUGUGAAUAAAUACCUUACAAUACAAGAAAUUUGUGAUGAGAGAAGUUUGGGAGCACAUAGUCUUAUUGGUCGUUUACUUGAAAAACUUUUGGAUGAAGAAGGUGCGGAGCUGGAUGAAAGUAAAAGGUUGUAUUUAAGAAGAGGUCGGUCUGAUCAUCAAGAAGAGUGUGCGGGUUCCCUUCAUAAAAAAAGGAAAAAAAAGAAGAAGAUUGUGCAGGUACCAGAAGAUGAGAGCAUCGGAUUAUAAAAGAAAAGAAGUUAACGCUCUGAGGCGUGCGCCCUACAAAUAGAGAAUUUCUGGGGGAAAUGACCUUCUCAGCAUUAGCUAGAGACGUGAUGCAGGCUGAAGCUUUGGUUUUGCUUAAAGCUUUGGAAUGGAUUAUAGAUCUAAAGCUUCAAACAGUCAUCAUAGAAGGAGAUAAUCAAGUUGUUAAAAGUUGUAAUGGUACGACUGAAGAUUUUCCCUAGGAAGAUCAAAGUUUGAUUUUAGAGUGUCAGGGAGUCCGUUGUAGUUUAAGUUGGUGUGUUGUUUCUUUUAAAAGAAGGGAUUGCAACCAUGCGGCAGGUUUGCUGGCAAAACAUGCUAGAAAAAGUAUCUGUAGUCAGGUCUGGUGGAAUGAUCCACCUAAUGUCAUCAGUGAAGUCCUGCUUAGAGAGAGUAGUUUGAGUUCUUAAGUCUGUUCAUUGUAGCCUUUAGUCAGGCUUUCUCUAUUUGUAUUGUUCUCUCUCUUUUGAUUAUUGAGACAUCAUUUUUCUGUUA